AUGGCAGCAACCUUUGGAUCGGUUACCAUGUCUGUGCUCUUUAAAAGUGUGUGGAGUGUUGUACUGUCUUCUGCCCAGAUGAUGGAGCCCUAUUAUCAAUUGGGUGAAUCCGGGAACUAUCGAGCAGCCGACUUGUCCAUUACAAGACAAUACCUUUCUGGAGAGACUGAUUUCAGCGAUCUGGACCCACGAAACAGACGUUGGUCGAUAUUGCUGACAACCAUGAUUGGCCUUGUGUUGGACCUUCAGGCAUCCGUCGCUUCCGAGGCCAUGACGGUUCAAGCUGGAGCAACUUGCAACACCGGCGGAGCAACCAGGCUAUGUGACCCUAUAUGGACUAUCAACUCGGCCGUUCUUCGCGGACUCCAGGUCACUCUCCUUCUUGUAGGGAUCUCCAUCAUCCUGUUGAUCUGGCAAAAUUGGACACGUCGAAGCCACAUUUCCACCUACCCGUGUAGUCUUGAUGCUAUGGCAUCAAUGCUUGGAAACUCGGACCCAAACAUGAUCAACACGUUACGGCAGAUAGAUCCAAACGCAGAUGAUGAGACGGUUGCCAAAUUCUUGAAAGGCAAAUACCUCUCUUUAAAACAAAUCGAGACUGAGCGCGGUCAACCAGCCGUAGGGAUUUCCAUGUACGUCCGAACAACUGCGAAAGAAUUCGAUCAGCAACAACAUCGCAACAUAUCUCGAAGAACACAACCACCCUUUUGGCUGCUGAAUGUACGUCGUCACGUGGACGCGAUCAAAAAUUCUUCAACGGCACUUUGCAAUUGGGCGCUAUUCGGUGUUCUCCUCGCGUUUGCCAUUACCGGCAAUGACAGUUACGAGGUCAACGUACUUGGACCACUUAGUGGGAAUAAAACUAAUUCUUGGAAGUUCAUGAAUGGAACGAGAUUUGGGCCACGAAUGCUGAUGACCUAUCUUGUCUCUACGUUGCUCAUUCCGUUUUGGGAGUACAUGGAGCUGAAGGCCAGGGUCCUGACGCCGUAUCGGCGCCUCCAAAAGUCGAAGGGAUCGGGGAAACAUUUACUAACCAUGCGUCUACACGGUACUCCCUUUGUUUCGUUUUUCCAUGCUGUGUGGCAGGGAAAUUGGUUCCAGGCGUUUAUGGCAGCUCUGGCAGUCUCUGGCUACUUUUUGCUGAUAAUGAUUGCUGGGGUCCCUUAUAAUUAUGGACAAAUGGCCAAGAUUUCUUUUUGGAGCACCGUCGCAAGUGUCGCCAUAUUAUUUUUCAUGGGUGUUGGAAUGUUGGCUCUUGUCUUCUGGUAUCGAAGCAACCCCAAGAUGCCACGAGAGCCAACUACAUUGGUCAAUACUUGGCUGCUGUUAUGUGGAAGUCGUCUUUUAGAAGAGUUCCGCAACAAGUCGCUGAAGGAAUCCAGACAAGAAAUGAAACAGGCAAAGGGAGAGUACUGGUUUCGGAAAGGGAUGGGAGUAGAUGGAGUAGAGCGCUGGAUGGUUGAGGUAGACCACCCUUACCAAGGCUGA